GUGAACGUCUAAACUAUGUUAACACGCCGCAUGUUAUCGCCAUGGUCGGACUGCCAGCGCGAGGGAAAACUUACAUUUCGAAAAAACUUUCCCGGUACCUAAACUGGAUUGGUAUUAACACUAAAGUUUUCAACCUUGGAGAAUACCGGCGUCAUGCCACCACUGCGUAUAAGUGCCACGAGUUCUUCCGUCCCGACAACGUUGAAGCGAUGGCAAUUCGAACGCAAUGCGCCAUCGACGCGCUGGACGAUGUCUGCACGUGGCUGGACAACGGCGGCGAAGUCGCUGUGUUUGAUGCCACGAACUCGACCAUUGAGCGUCGACAAUUGAUAUUGGAAAUCGUUGUGAAAAAACGAGGGUUCAAGUUAUUUUUCGUCGAAUCUGUGUGUGAUGACCCAAAAAUAAUCGAACAGAAUAUAAUGGAAGUGAAGAUUAACAGCCCGGACUACCAGAGCAUGGGUGCUGACGUGGCACUCAGGGACUUUUUACAGCGGAUAGAGCAUUAUCAGGAACGGUAUGAACCCCUGGACGAGGUAACUGAGUCUGAGUUGAGCUUCAUGAAGAUAUUCAAUACUGGAGAAAAAGUGUUGGUGCGCAAGCACGAAGGUCACAUACAGGCGCGCAUCGUUUACUAUCUGAUGAACAUUCAUAUCAUUCCGAGAACCAUUUAUCUUACCAGACACGGCGAGAGCGAAUGGAACAAGGAAGGAAAAAUUGGUGGAGAUUCCCAACUCUCACCCAACGGUGUCAAGUAUGCCAUCGCAUUGGCCAACUAUAUAAACGAACAGAAUAUCAAAAACCUUCGGGUGUGGACGUCAUGGCACUACAGGACCAUUCAGACUGCGAGCGGUGUUCAAGCUCCACAGGAACGAUGGAAAUCGUUGAACGAAAUUGACGCCGGUGUGUGUGACGGUAAAACGUACGCGAUGAUCAAACGCGAGUAUCCUGAGCAGUUUGCAGCCCGUGACAAGGACAAGUUUGCGUACCGAUAUCCGAGAGGUGAAUCGUACGAAGACCUGGUUGCUCGACUGGAACCAGUGAUUAUGGAGCUGGAGAGACAGGGAAACGUUUUGGUGGUCAGCCAUCAGGCAGUGUUCCGGUGUCUGCUGGCAUAUUUCUUGGACAAAAAUUCAGAAGAGUUACCGUACUUAGAAGUUCCCUUGCACUCGUUGAUAAAACUCACACCUGUGGCGUACGGUUGUAAAAUGGAGCAAAUCAACUUUCCCAUCGAGGCUGUUAAUACACAUCGUCCCAAGCCUCAGGAUGUGCCUACGGUCAUCGAUAACACGGGCACCAGAUCUACUAAUACGGAACCGGGAUUUCUGGAGGACCGAUUCAGGGAUGAUGUGAAAGACGACAUCGGAGCUGGUGACAGUACGAAUGGGAAAAAGACAAACAACGGAGAUGCCACACUGCCCACUUAACUUACAAUUCACCACCAUACGACCACGACCACGACUAUAAUAUUACCAUACUAUUACUAUACCGGGGAUACCGCACCACCCUCUCCGUAUGUGCGUACGCCGCUAGAAACGACUGCGUUUCUGCAGUGGAGGUCGUGAUGAAGAAGGCAUCGCCCACGCACUAAAAAUAAAAAAUAAAUUACCCAUUAUUAUUAUUUAUUGUUUCCGUAUUGGGGAAGGGAAAGAAUGGUGAAUUUCGAUUUUUUUUUAUAUUUAAUUUAAUAUUUAAGAAAUAUAUAUAUUUGUGUGUGCGUGUGCGUGUGUGUGUGUGUGUGUGUGUGUAUGUGUGUAAUGGAUGAUAUCAAGUGUAAUAUAAGUUAUAACACGCGACAGCGACAAACUAUCCGAAUUCGACUAAUAUACCCGUGUAUAUAUUUUAUUUUAUUAAUAUAAUAUGUAUAUACAUGUACAUUGUAUAUACAUAUACAAUUUUUUUUCAAUUUUAAAACGCUAUUUAAUGUUUAGAUGAUAUUGUGAAUACAGUUUUACUUUAUUACAGUCAGAUUUACAUUAUAUAAUAAUAUAAGUAAGUAACAUAUAUGUCGUAAUAACCACACAUUAUACCUACCAUUAAAAUAUUUAUCGGUAUUUACCUUACUAAGUUUACUUAAUUGUUUGUUUUUUUUUUCGUAAACUUUUUACUUUUAGUAUUUUUUCUAAUUUCAUAGUUACGAAACAUAAUUUACUAUUAUGAUAAGAAAAUUGUUUGUUAUAUCGUAUAAGCUUAUCUUAUAAAUGGAGAAAAUUACAAAAUUUUUUCAAAAUCAUUCUUCAAAUAAAUAUAAUAUACCGUCUAUAGCAAAUAUAUUAUUGCUUUAAUCCAAAUUUAUUGUGAUAUUUACGGAAAGUAACUGCAUUUUUCAUCUUUUGUUUUUGUAUACCCAUAUGUUCUGCAGACUAAAAAAUGUUUAUUUUAUGAUUUAAAUCUAUUUGACGUUGUAAUAAAUUACGUUGUAAUGCCUAUGAUAAUUUUA